AUGAAGAACAUCACCUGGAACGAGAAGGCUGAUGCCAAGUUGCUGGCUGGCAUACUUGCCGUCAACCCCAACCCCAUUGAUUUCAAUGCUCUCGCAGCCUACAUGGGCGAUGGAGUCACCGUCUCUGCCCUCCGCCACCGUAUCAGUCGUCUCCGGGCUAGGGCCGCCGAGCUGAAUGACGAAGGUGCCUCAUCUACCCCUGCUUCGCCCGCGGCCAAGCGCAAGCGCAGUACUCCCAAGAAGUCUGCAAAGGGCGCUGCUGCUAAGUCCAAGGAAGCUGGUACCGAGUCUGGUGGAGAAGGCCCGGUUCCUAAGGACGAGGGCGCCGACGCUGAGGAUGCGAAGGACAAGAAGCUCAAGAUGAAGCACGAGGACACUGAGGAUGAUUCCUUCCUUGACUCCAGCUUGUCCAAGGAGGAAGAUACCUCUGACCUCUAA